AGCAACCUACCGAAACUUCUGCAUACACCAGUGCAGCAUCUAGAUGACAGCGACAUUUGGAAGGUGGCUGACUACUUAUCAAACUCUUCUCAGCUGCCUGACAAUGAUGACGCUAGCAAGCUGGACAACCUCUACUACAGAAAAAUGCUGGAGUACAUCUUCGGCUCUGGCGUAAAAGAUACUGAAGCCUCAGCGUCGGAUCCCUUGCGUAUCGUUGUGAAGUUGGAUAGCAACCGUCCACGCAGCAGGACUACAUGGCUCACAGCGGGACCACCUCCAAACAAGCCGUCCAGGACUGGCACUGGACUCCGGGACCGGCCUCGCAUGAGCCGCCCCAGGCACAGAGCCGCACCUGAGGCCCCCCAGCGCCGCGGCGUACCCCUCUCCACCCGAGACCGCUUUUACUUCUUGCGCCACCUGCGCGCGGACCUGCCGGCGCUGGACCAGGUGCUGGCGGAGGAGCCGGAGCCUCCCGAGCCGGAGCCGUCGUCCACCACCGAGCGGCCCGAGCAGCCGGACCGGACGGCGCAAACGGCCGACCAGCGCCUGCAGGACGUGCUGCGCGGCAUGGUGACGUACGGCGAGGCCGCUGAGGGCGACGAGGGCACGCUGGAGGAGGUGCGCCAGCUGGCGGCGAGGGAGAACACGCGGCCGUCACUGCCCCGCCCCGGGAAGGACCUGUUGGAGCUCAUCGAGGACAAGUCCAUCUCGAAAACGCGCCGCAGGAGGGACGCGGCGAGGACGGACAUGAAGCAGCUGACGGACUUCAUGUCACAGGAAAACUACUCGCAAGAGCUGAUUAACAGCUUCCAGACGGGCGGCGUCAAGCGACACAACUCGAUCAAGAAAGAGCUACGCGAGCCUAUCGACAUUGAUAUGCACGGCAUAGCGGUCAUGGCGGCGUCGCUGCGGAAGCGCAGCGCGCCGGUCCAGGCUACCACAGCAGACCGGCUGGACGUGACCGCCACCGAUGUGGACAACUUGGGGGUCGACACCAUCGGGCGUGCUGUUCGCAACCCGAGCGGCGAUUCCAGCGCCACCUACGACAUCAUCACGGCACCGGGCCGCUGCCACAUAUGCCAUUCCCUCAGGGUCCGCGCGCCUGGCACGCGACGCGUGCUGGACAAGAUCCGGAUCGCGCCUGACCUGCCCGACAUGAUGACCCUGGACCCGGAGGACGUGCUGGAGAGCGAGGAGAGUCCACUGCUGCCGGUGCGCGUGAUCUCCGGCGCCGAGCGCGACCCGUUCGAGGUGACUGAGCGCGGCGCGCUUGUGUUCGAGGAGAGCGAGCGGCGCCCCACCUGGAGCCCCUGGGGCCUCUGGGGGCCCUGUUCAGUCACCUGCGGCCCCGGGCAGAAGGCGCGCUACCGACACUGCGUGCAGGGGCCGCGCUGUGAGCCUGGCGAGCGAGAGUCAGACUUCAAGCCCUGCCUGAGGAGGUCCUGCACGCUCCCCGUACCCGCGGGGCUCCUGGACGCCUUUUGA